GACACAGCCAUAUUGACAUGCAACCUAGGCAUCCCCCCAGCAUUUCUUGUUAAAGGCCAGGCUGCCUAGAAAUAGACUUCCUCGGAAUGAUGGUAAACAGAACUAGGAUUAACUCUACUCAUGGACUUGAUGCUUUUGGGGUAUCCCAGUUCCAGGAGGCCAUUGGCGUUUUCUUCAUGGUUAUGCUGAGUGUCAUAGCUCUGGUUGCCAACACAGCAGUUAUGGUCGUCAUUCUCAAAACGCCCCUCCUGAGGAAAUUCAUCUUUGUCUGCCAUCUCUGCCUGGUAGAUCUGUUGUCAGCAAUUUUCAUCAUGCCACUGGGGAUCAUCUCCAGUUCCACGUGCUUCAACAGAAUUUUGUACAGCAUCGCUGAGUGCCAAACACUGAUCUUCUUGAAUGUUUGUUUCAUCAGUGCUUCCAUCCUCACCAUCUCCGUUAUCAGCAUUGAACGAUACUACUACAUUGUCCACCCUAUGAGAUACGAAGUUAAAAUGACAACUGGGCUGGCUGUUACUGGGGUGGUGUUCAUUUGGAUUAAGUCUAUGCUGGUUGCUGCCCUGGCAUUAGUUGGCUGGCCCCAAGACAAUGGUGCAAGCAGUGCCAGUAAAUGUACCGUUAACUGGAGCCCUGGAGCCCACAAGAAGAUUUUUGUGAUAAUCUUCAGCCUUCUCUGCUUCAUAUUGCCCAGUUUAAUUAUCUUUGCAGUAUAUGGUAGCAUCUACAAAGUGGCCCGCAUUGCAUCCUUGCAGCAUAUUCCUGUCCCUUCCUGGACAGCUGCACCCAGACAAAGGUCAGAGUCCAUCCACAGUCAAGUCACCAUCAUCACUACCAGGAAUGUGCCUCACAGGCUGUCUCCUGAACGCUUUUUUGGUGGGAAUAAAGCAGCCCUGACCUUGGUGCUGAUUGUAGGCCAGUUUCUCUGCUGCUGGCUUCCGUUUUUCUCCUUCCACCUCCACUGCUCCUUCCACUCUGCCCCUUCGGUCCCUGAUUCCAUUGAAAUAGUUGUGACCUGGCUUGCGUAUUCUUCCUUUGCGAUCAACCCUUUCUUCUAUGGAUUGCUAAACCGUCAAAUCAGGGAAGAGCUGGCCAAGAUGGGACGACACUGCCUCAGUAAGCCUCUGAACCAGGACUUUUGUAUCUCCAGCCCAGAAGGCUCUAUCCACGAGAAUUUCCUGCAGUUCCUUCAGAGGACUAGUUGCACAUUUGAUAACCAUUCCAGCUAUGUUAAUUCCAGCCCUAGAAACACUUUGGACCAAACUGCUUUGGGAUUCAGAAUCCCAGGACAAAUCCCAGAAGAAACCAAUUGAAGACAGAAUGCUGUGCUGUGUUUUUUGGUCCUUUCCCUAAUUUCUUUUCUUCUGGCUUUGCAUUUAUCUUCUUCUGCACUGAAAAUACUGAGCAAGCUUUCCUUAUGAGAAGGAUUGUCAGCUGAGCAAUGGCUUUCUCUUAAGUGUAAAAGGAAAUGUACUACAUGAGUUGUCAGCAUCCUCUCUCUUCCCAGUGGCUAGCAAGAGUAUAAGUGAUGACUCAGAAGUAUCAGUCGUACUAAUAAGCAAUUGCACUGAACUCAUUAUGAUAGCUGUGUGCAGAGACCUGACACCUUAACAAUACUUGCAGAGACUCCAGGAAAAUAUUAUAUGUGCGGGGGAGGAGGGUGUCAGAAAACCCUCCAAAGUGCUUUCCUAAAAUACAAUUAACCCCAAGUCAGCACCAAGAGUGGUCUUUCUUCCUAUACACAUAGUGUAAUGGGCAGAUUUAGUUUUAUAAUGCAGAGCUUGCUUGGUUUGUAUACUUAAGGCAAAGUCGCUUUGUCCUUAAGAAAAUAAUACGUGCCCCAAUGCUGUAGAACAGAAUUUUCCAGUCCCCAAAAAUACAGCGAUAGAACUGCUUUGACUUCUUUAGUAUGAUGAAGGGGAGAAGACAGACUUGUUGGAAACGGUUAUGGUCAAUGUCACAGAUAAAACAACUAUUCUUGCUCCCAUAGUUGAAGGAGAAAGGUAAAGUGGUAAUUUUCCAUAAUUUGGUGCUGUAGAGAGAACAUUCAGAUCUUGGGAAGAAUUCAGAAGAAGACUAAGAUCAUGUUCUCUGAAUCACAUUCAGCUUAUAAGAACUACUGUCUGUUUCCGGUGCAAUAAUAACUUGGAAAAAGUUCUAAUACAGAGGUUUAUAAUAAAA